GCACACACCCUCGAGCAGAAGAAGCAGAGCUGUGUGGGUGUGAGGCAGCAUGAGAAGUGAUAUCUGUACUUCCACAAAUACAGUUGGAUGAUGGACUAACUUAAUUAGAACAUACACACCUACUGUACGUACACUAGCACACCUUGAUUAUAGGCGGGCAGAAACACACACGCAAGAGCACGCACAACCUGUCUGCGGCCAGAAGUCAACAUGGGUCUUGUGGUGGGAACCUUUUCCAUGCAAACCAAGCAGGUGAACUACCGCAAAGACAGAGCUGACGAUGACUUGGAGAUGACGAUGGUGUGCCAUCGACCGGAGGGCCUCGACCAGCUAGAAGCUCAGACCAACUUCAGCAAAAGAGAGCUCCAAGUGCUCUACCGGGGCUUUAAGAAUGAGUGUCCAAGUGGCAUCGUAAACGAGGAAACUUUCAAGCAAAUAUAUUCCCAAUUCUUCCCACAUGGAGAUGCCAGCACCUACGCACACUUCCUGUUCAAUGCAUUUGACUCAGCACAUACCGGCUCCAUAAAAUUUGAGGACUUUGUGACAGCUCUGUCCAUCCUGCUGAGGGGCUCUGUCACUGAGAAGCUACAGUGGACCUUCAAUCUUUAUGAUAUCAACAGAGACGGAUACAUCAACAAAGAGGAGAUGACAGAUAUCGUCAGAGCGAUAUAUGACAUGAUGGGAAAGUACACUUACCCCGUCUUGAAAAAUGAUGCACCUAAACAGCACGUGGAGGCCUUCUUUCAGAAAAUGGACAAAAACAGAGAUGGCGUGGUCACUCUAGAUGAAUUCAUUCUUUCUUGUCAAGAGGAUGAAAACAUCAUGAGGUCCUUACAGCUCUUUGAAAAUGUCAUCUAGACAACGAAGAGGAGCGAGAUGGUGCGAAAGUCGAAAGCACAGAGCGAGAAGAGAAAAAAACAAAGAAGAAAGAGAGGGUGUAAUAAACAUGCAAGAGAAAAGGAACAGUAUGGCUUGCAGUUGAAACAGAAGAAGGAUCUUGUCACUCUGUGUGGGAUGGUUGCCACAGAACAUCAUGGAAGGCGUCUUGCUGUAACAAAUUCAUGGCAACAAAACCAUCACUGGUUUUGGAAAAUGUCCUUAAGACUUAAACCCUUUAUUUGGCCAUUCACCUCGUCUCCGUCUUCCUCGUUUGUUGCUGUCGUUAUUGUCACCUUGGAAAUUAUGUAAAUACUGAUUCUCUCACAUUUGGCUAAAUCUGAAACGUGUAAAUUGAACGACACUAUCAAGCAGGACUGGAAUUCCUAAAAGCAGAUUAGCGGUGAGAUCAAACAAAUGCAAACUUUGUGCAUUAGAGGCUUAAAUAAUGGCUGUUUUCAUCAUGAAUUUCUGUGUCAAUACAACAAAUGUGAGCAAUAUUGUGAAGCAUGCGAGACAGAGGCCUAUGCCAUGUUUAACGUACAUGUUAAAGAUAUAUCAGUGCAUAAGUUUGGGUAAGCCAAGGUCUGGGUGUAGCAUCUCACAGAGCCACCUCAUCUGUUUACAGACGUCUACUAAAUUCUGACUCAGGCCUGUAAAGGUUUGCAGAGCUGAGUUUGACCUCAGCCAGCUUGCAGCAGUCUUAUGUCUUGUGACAGCUUUUUGAAAAGCCCUCUUUACUCCUAUUGUGUUCCAAUGGUGUCAGUCAGUGUUUCAAUGUUGUAACGACUCGACUAGAUAUUUAACUGUUGUAUCUGUGGCUUCUUCUCGCAGUUCGGACUCAUUCGUGUCUUGUCUGUGUGUUUCUGAUCCUGACUAUCUGUCUAUCUUUCUGUCAAAUUGGAUAUAACUGUAAUUAUUUUACCUUAAAUAAAGAGUCCAUUUAGAGGUUUAUUGGCAUACAGAUGCAGAGUGAUACAGGGAUGUGCAUGUGUUUGUGUGUGCGUGUGUGUGGUGUCCUGAUGUAAAAUUUCUGUUUGCCCGAAUAAAAAUUGGUGUCACUUUUCUGGCAUGUAACUUCAUGUUGUGGACGUCAGUCCAGCUCAACUGACCGCGUUUCUGCUAAGGAGGAGGGUUUCGUCGUCAUUUCUGUCUGUUAAAAAAUGUCGACUCAGAUUGAGCAAACCUUUCACUGUGAGGGAGAGACAGAAGAGGGGAGCUAGAGAAAGGGAAUAAGAUGGAAGAUGACAGAGACCUUUUCACUGACUCUGAAGGAAUGGAAGCCAUGUUUCAAACAAGAGCCAUCGUUUUGAAGAUUGAGCCGGACAAAAAACAAAAAACAAAUUUAUAAAUGAUUUACUGUCAUGCCCACUCACUGUGCUAUCAAUAGUGUAAUAAAAAAUCCUCACUGAGAUGUGUUGUGGCUCAUCUCAAAUGUACCCAGACAUGUAUACUUCCAAAUGGACUGACAGACAGGAAGACAAACAGAUAGACAGCUUAAAACUGUCAGAUUGAAAUCAUGUGUGUAAUGAAAUAUUGUAUAAAAUCAUUAUAUUUAUCAAUAAAC